AAGUGUUACUAUAUUUAGUUCAUUAACUAAAGAACUUUGUUAAGUUGAUAAAAAGUUAUUAGUGCACUUGUUGUUUGCGUUGGAAUGUCAGUUGAUUAAGAUGAAGAAUGAAUUAAAUAACUUCAAAUUCGCCGCUGAUGAAAGUUAGACAAAUAUUUAGGUUAUGACUGGAAUUGAUAACUGUUUCUUGCAAAUAAAUUUGUCUUCUAUCUGCCAGCAAUUGUUUUCAACUAUUUCAAGAAAUUUUAAGAAGAAUAGAAAAUGAGUGAGCAGGGUGUAGAAUUAACACCAGUGUAUUAUAAGUUAGAUGGUUAUACACCACCUAAAGAUUGUGGAGAUGAAAGAUGUCGAGAUUUCUUUAUGGAGUUUAUUUAUUUCUGUGUUAUACCAACAUCAAUAUUAUUUCUCUUCACAUUUAUACUUGGUAUCUGUUUCUGCUGCUCCAAAUCAAGCAGGAAGCCCAAAGAAGACCUUGAUGAUCAGAUGAGAUAUGAUACUAUUAGACGAGCAUCUAGAGCUUUACGUCGAAUGUCAUAUACUAGAGAUACACCUCUAUUAGAGGACCAGGGUAAUACUAUGACACUUGAUAGAACUGACAGAGCAAGACAUGGUUUCCGCUCACGUGAUUCCUGUCACUCUGCUCCAGGAACAUUACAAAGACAUAAAAAUCGUCACUCAGCAGCUUAUUACAGUAGUCAGCAAUCAUUACCUCCUCCACCAGCUUACAGACUUCCCCCACAAUAUCCUGACGAUGACGUCUUUAUUCAGGGUAACAAUAUUCCUAUGGAUGAGUUUUCUGCCAAUCUGAGACGACAGUUAGAGUUAGCCAACAGAAAUAAUGGUUUUGUUUCACAGUAGUAUUCAGUCAUUUUCUUCUGUAAUUAUACAUCAAAUAAACAUGUAAAAAAUGUGCAAUAAAUGUUAAUCAGGA